AGGUGCUCGGCUCGCAUAGCAUGGCACGCGCAGCAGCAGACGCUUCCUCUUCGUGGUGAGCCGUCAGUCAUUACCACAGCUGAGAUCUGUUCAUUAAAAAUUGCCGUCAGCUGUUAACAAUGGCAUCGUACUUCGAUGAGCACGACUGCGAGCCGUUGGGCCCAGGACAGCAACCAGACCACCUGCUUCAUCUGGCAAGAUUGCUAAUUGAUGGUGGAUUCGGAGCCAGAUUUGAUAUGGAGUACCAUAGGAUAUUUCCCGACCAGCCGCACAAGCCGCCAGCGUCCAAGCAAGCAAUUAAGUCGCUCAAACGGGCCCCUGUUGACGAAACAGGUAAAAAAUGCCCUGUUUGCUUGAAGGAGUUUGGCCAUGAAGAAGUUGUGACGGAGCUGCCCUGCUGCCACUACUUCCAUGAUGAUUGCAUACUUCCAUGGCUGAAAUUGGUGCUGUGUACACACGAUUGUGUACACCAAGAUAGUCCCCAUCAACAGCAAAAGCACUGAUGAAACUAAUGAUAUUUAAAACGUGUAGCACACAACUUUAAGUGGAAUUGUCCUGCAAUAUUGAAUAACACGUGCAAGAUCUUUUAGCAAAAUGAGUGGGAAGGUGUUUUUACUCGGUGUCAGUAUGUUGUACGGAGCGGGUUCACUUUCAUUGUUUUUCGCAAUGUCAUGCACCAGGCAUAAUUUUCAAGUGGCUGGAUAAGUGCUUUUCAAGCUUUUCAAAAUACAAAAUAGUCAAUGUUCUCACAUUUGAUGUUCCUGUAGCGAGCUUUCACAUGGAGUCCACAUUCUGUAAGCUUGACAAAACUCGCUGAAGUGACAAUUCUUAAUCUUUCCUGCAGCUGUAUGUUUUCUAUGAUUCUUAAGAUGCAAGAAAUGUGGUGAAAGUAAGUUUUCAACCAGCAGGAUAAAGUGCCGUCUAAAAGGGUUAAAGGAUUCAGGCACUAAAUCAAUAUUCUGCUUCCAACAGUCACUAUAAUUUGGCUUUCUCUCUCAAGUGCAAUACAUUUUAUUAAGAUCAGUCCAGUGGUUUUCUUGGAAAAGCAUUUCUGCAUGCAUUUGAAUAGGAGACAUCGGAGUUGGGCCCGAGCUAAAGCUUCUUCUUGAGGCUUUUGAAGGAAUAUGUUACCUUUUCAUGCUGGUAGCUUUGCUUACUAGCAUUGUGCACGCAUUGAUGAAUAGUUUUUGACAGUUGGUUCUUCGCGUUGAAAUUCUGUUCUAGCACGGUAAUCCUGGUGUCAUACAGCGCAUUUUCGAUUGCGAUUGGCUCCUUUAAGCUAGGGAGCCGAUUGCAAUUGAGAAUUUCAAUCUGGAUCAGCCGUGAUCGUGACUGAAAGUAGCCGUGUGACACCAGUAUAACUUAUUCCCACUGUUCUAACCACAAAUCACAUUUUAUGUGCUAGAAUUCGAAUUAGAUUGCCUAGCCACCUGAAGAAUAAGAAUUACUUGUCUGUCCACACUUGAAAGACUAACAUCCAUUGCCGAAGAAUGCACCUGGCAGCCAAUCUUGCAUGCUUUCAUAAGUGUCAACUAUAUAACAAGCUCUUUUAACACUACUAAACUAUCAAUGUGGAUUUCAGUUGUCCACCAUAUACACGCUGCUCAUGUAUGGCUCGUAAUAUUGGCAUUGAAAGUGUACUGGGUGCAAUCUGUGAAAUGCCUCAAUUUCCACCAGUUCCGAGCACACUGUCUGGUAGUUGUAUUUUCAACGUGUGAUGGAAUUGUGCAGCUAGCAUGAUAGUCCAUUGUUUGACAGGCCGUAGGUCCUAAUUACGUGGAAACGGCUUUUUCACAGAAUCCACACCCUGUAAACUUUUAAAGUCCCCUGUUCAGUCAAGCAUUCUUUAGUGGAGGGCCCUGCAUUCACUUUUUCAUCUGCACCUAUUCACCACCUCGAGAACAAUUUGUUGUUCGUUGCUAGUGUGGUUACUGGGCCAAAAAAUGUUCAGCUUUAUUUUUUUUUACCACAUCCGUUUAGCAAAUGUGGUCAUGUAGAUGCACGGUAGCCCAGUGGCAUUGCCGAGCUCAAGGUCGCGGGCUUGCUCCCAGCCGCGGCAGCCACAUUCCGAUGGAGACAAAAUGCACAAACACUGGUGUAACAUGCACUGGGUGCAUGAGCAAAAUUUAUUUAGACAUGAGUAAACAGUGCCUCCAACAGAUGGAAAGUCGGUGGAAUCUUGUCACUGGCAGAGAACGAUACCAAG